CCAUGAAGACACUUGUCCUCCUCUCUGCCCUUGUCCUGCUGACCUUCCAGGUCCAGGCUGAUCCUAUCCAAAACACAGAUGAAGAGACUAAAGCUGAGGAGCAGCCAGGGGAAGAGGACCAGGCUGUGUCUGUCUCCUUUGGAGAACUGGAAGGCUCUGCUCUUCAAGAAGAAUGUGAGUCGUUGAGAGAUCUGGUAUGCUAUUGUAGACAAAGAGGCUGCAAAGGAAGAGAACGCCCGAAUGGGACCUGCAGAAAGGGUCAUUUAAUAUACACGCUCUGCUGCCGCUGA